AUGCUUAAUGAGCGCCAGUGGUCAGACUUCAAGCAUUUCAAGGCGGUGAACACCAAUCCAAAACAGCUGGAUUUUGCGGCAAACACAACCAAAUUAUUCGCCAUCAUGAUGCGCAUUCUCUUCAUCUGUCUCUUGAGCGUCUGUAUAGACACUCCUUCGGCCUCAGCAGCAGACACGACACGCCCAUACUCCGCCUGGAUGGCGGAAAGUGUCAUCGACCGAGGACAGGCCAUGAUGCCUCCAGGUCCUAAGGCGUCCUCAUCUACUUACCUUCAAGUCGGAUUCUUUCAGACAGCCGUCCUGCGUCUGUUGGAAUACUACCAUACUCCGGAGCCCAUAUCCUCUCAGAGCCGAUUGCAUGACUAUCUGGCAGACAGCACGCACAGUGUGGUACCCUUUCUCCUGAAUGCCACACAGGACACCCAAAUUCCAUUGGAUAGAUUUUCGACUGGAAAGAGUUUGCUACACCAAUAUGAAGAAACCCAUAAUGCCACGUUGAAGGUAACUCUGGAUACGCUGCGAGAGUCCAUCAAUCUCCAACCCCGAAAUAUCAUUGGUGGGUAUUGGUACUUCGUCUACCCGCAAUGGAGCUACCUGGACGGUAUGUACUCUGUCAUACCUUUUCUCUCCUACUACACCACCGCCCUCGCUGCCGACAAUAGCUCAGCCGUUGCCGACGAUAUCAUGAAGCAGUUAGACCUGCUUUGGACGCAUUGCAGGCAGAACAGCACUGGGCUUCUAGUCCACGGAUACGACGCCUCUAAGAAGGCUGUCUGGGCAAACUCCGUUACCGGGGCCAGUCCGUAUGUUUGGAGUCGGUCUAUGGGCUGGUACCUAAUGGCUCUGGUGGAUACAUUGGAGCUGGAGACUCCAAAUUUACCCUUGAAGCUGCGAACAUAUCUUCAGCGGCGGUUGGUCCGGCUGAGCGAUGCUGUUAUCAGCGCGGCAGAUGCUCAGACCGGGUGCUGGUGGCAACUCAUGACCUUUCCUGGCCGCCCUGGAAAUUAUAUUGAAUCUAGUGGGUCUGCCAUGUUUACGUAUGCGCUGUACAAAGCCGCAAGACUUGGAUAUCUCCCGAAACGGUUAGCUGCAAAGUCCACCGAUACAGCAAGUAAAUGCUACCGGCACAUCGUGGACGCAUUUGUUGUACAGAACAGCAAUGGGACCUUGGGCUAUAACGGAACGGUCGCAGUCUGCAGCUUGAAUUCGACGGCUUCGUAUGAGUACUAUACUUCACAGCCUUUGCUGUAUAACAGCGUCCAUGGCACUGCAUCGUUUAUUCUCGCGAGUUUGGAGCACGAAAGGGCAGUCCAAAGCCGUAAAUCGGCUCCAGAGAGGAUAUGA